AUGACAACAACAAGUCCAUCUCCAUACCUCUUGAGUGAUUUCCAUACUGCCCUGGAAGAGUGCGAUAACACAGAUACUAGUAGCUUGUCUCGAAUAGUAUUUGUGUUGACUGUUCAAUGUGGCACGAUGUUACUGAGAGAAAUCAGUAGGCGCGUUCACUUAACUGAAGCUGCGCGAUAUGAAGUCACGGGAUCAGCCAUACGAUUUGGAUCAAGGGCAAGACAAGCAAAACAUUUUUUCAUUAGACUACCGACUAAACAACACAAUGUUUCCUUUUUUAGACCGCAGACAUCCACGUCGCUCGGCAGAAAAAAUUCUGUAGACAUACUGACAACAGUAAUUGUAGUGCCAGUAGAUUGUAAGCUGCCAGAGCAAAAUGUGCCUCUUUGUCUAAUUUUUCUCCUUAAACAAUAUACUACACGUCACUGUCCAGUUGACAAGUGGACGGCAGAUACUACUUUAUCGCAGCAGAAAGGUGUUUGUCAAGUUUGUGUGCGCUUAUGUGCGCAAUUCGCUGGUGAAGAGAAGUCACCAUCCAGAAUGGAUAAAUUUAUCUUUACACAAGGUGAAAAAUGCGCCAAGAAAAAAGUUUAUGAGCAAAGGGAAACAUUUCAACAAAUAUUAAAGGCAAAAUUUUGGGCUUCUUUAAAGAGCAGCAUAAAAACACAGCCUUGA